CACACAGACGCCAUGCAGACAGACUGACCGACUGACAGCUGACCCUCAUCAUGUCCAUCAGCGUCAACCUGAAGAAGAUCUUCAACCUGCCGGGUCAAUCCGACAGGAAGGUCGAGCUCUCCUUCAGAGGUUUUACCCAUAAAACCAGAAUCCUGCACUGUGAGAACGUGGCCAUCUUCAACGAGUAUUUCCGAUGGCCUCACUACGGUAAAGGGAUCGGUGAUGAAGUUUUGUCUGUUAAAGUGUACAACUCCAGUAAAGUCUUCUCUAAUAGACUGCUCGGUCAGCUGGUGAUCAGUCUCCAGCAUGUGGUCACCUCAGGGGAGGUUGUUGCUCAGAGAGCCCCUCACUGAUGCCAACUACAGCCUGACUGAUAUCUUCAUCGAACUCGACAUCCGGUAUCACCCAAUCGAGGGAGCAGCAGGACCGUGGGACGGACUGGACUUCCUCAAAGUGGAGGACAAGGAUGAAUCAGCUCUGGUCAUCAGAAAUAAAGCAUUUGAGGAACCUGGUGAGAACAGUGUGAAGCCGGUGACCCGUCCAGACCAGAGGGAGAGGGAAGCUCGGCGAAUCGGCCACAGUCUGUCUCCACUCGGAGAAGACGAUGACGAUGAUGACGAUGACUAUUAUGACGACGACUUGGACUUUAACGUCAUUUUCACCUCCCUUCUGAGUCGUUGCAGGCCGCUCACCAGAAGUGCAGUUGCUGCAAUGCCCAGAGUUAAGAGCUUUCAGGUAAACGUGACCAUCCAGGAGGCUCAGAAGUUGGCUGGAGUAAACAUCAACCCUGCCGUUUUUGUCAGACUUGGAGGUCAGAAAAGAAACACGGGGACGCAGAAAUCCACCAACUGCCCCUUCUUCAAUGAGAACUUCCAGUUUGAGUUUCAGGAGUGUUCUGAGGUCUUCUUUGACAAAGUCAUUGAGAUAAAGGUGGUCCAUCGGGGGAUUCUGGCUUUCCUAAUGACACACAUUGGAACUUUUAAGAUUGACAUUUCCACCGUGUACAACCAGCCAGACCAUCGAUUCUACCAGAAGUGGGCUCCACUGACCGACCCGGCCGACACCAGGUCAGGGAUCAAAGGUUAUGUUAAAGCCACCAUCAACGUGCUGAUGAAGGGCGACGCUCUGACCAUGCCCAGUCUGUCACCAUCGUCCUCGUCUGGAGCCGCUGAAGACAUCGAAAGAAACCUGCUGCUUCCUCGUGGCAUGCCCUCCGAGCGUCCGUGGGCUCGGUUUCGUAUCCGGAUCUACCGGGCCGAGGGUCUUCCCACCAUGGGGGCGGGACUAAUGGCCAAGAUGUCUGUCUCUGACCGGGCUGUGUUCAUUGACCCCUACGUGCAAGUGACAUUCGCAGGUCAACAGGGGGAGACAUCAGUUGCCAGCGCCACCAACUGUCCGGUUUGGAACGAGGAGAUCUCCUUCAUUGAACAGUUUCCUCCUCUGGCUCAGAGAAUUAAAGUCCAAGUCCUCGAUGAUGCCAAAAUGGGGGACAUCGCUCUGGCAACACACUUCUUGGACCUGCAGCAGAUCUCAGAUCCCACUCGAAAUGGGUUUAACCCCACCUUUGGUCCAAGUUGGGUAAACCUUUAUGGCUCUCCUCAAAACUCCACUCUUGGAGAUGUGCACCAGGCUUUAAAUGAAGGUCUGGGUCAAGGAAUCUUCUAUCGAGGUCGAAUCCUCCUCGCUCUCUGCAUGGAGGUUUACUCGUCCCCCGCCGCUCUCAACACGGACACAGGUUCUAGUGCUGCAGCAAAGAUGAAAGGAGCUUUGGGGAAACUGGGAUUGAAGAGGAAGAAGAGCAGCAUGAAGGACAGGAAGGGAGGUGGAGGUGGAGCAGAUGAAGAUUUGGGUGAGGCACGAGAGGAGGUCCCUGAAACCGUGACUGUGGAAGUUGAGGAGACUCAUCCUCUGCCCGAGGGCUUUCUGGGACAGAAAGAGGAGUUUCUGCUGUUUGCGUCUCUGUUUGAGGUCACGAUGAUGGACCCGUCUGUGGGAACCAAACCGCUGUCUUUUGAGCUCUCUAUAGGUAACAACGGAAAGGUGGUGGAGGUCGGGGGAUCUAAAAAGGGCCAAAGCAAAGAGGAUCUGAGGAGGAGUCGGGAGGAACUGAUGAGGAGCAGGGAGGACCUGAAUGAGGAGACGCAGAUCCUGCUGGAGUCGGAGGACGAGCUGGAGGUGCAGAAUCCUGAACCUGAAAACAGAUCUUUGUCUGCUGCCAUGAGGCCCCAGUCCACCGAGUACGACGGGUCAUUCAAGUGUCUUCAGCUCCAGCCUCCCUCUGUGAAACUCAAGCCUUGCCUCUUUGUCUGGAGUCAGUUUGAAGAUCACUGUUUUCGUCUCUAUCUGGUCAACUUACUCAGCAAGAUGGCCGACAGACUAGAGAUCGGGCUGAACGAAGUGGAGAUUCUCUUGAGGAGGCCGAGGAGCAAAGUGAAGGAGCGUCUGGUGGAGGUGCUGCUGGAGCUGGUGGCCUCCUGCAGACAGUUCAGCAUUUUUUCCGAAAAGAAGUCUCAGUGUCGCCCGAACUUGCUGGACAAAUGCAGGAAGGAGUUCAUCAAGAAGAAGCUGGUUCUGGUGGCCAGACAGGCGAUCAGAGCCAGGAGACGCCUCACCAGAAAGACAGCCAAACAGCGGCUGACUGACAGCAGGAAGCUCCUGAAGAAACUCCGUCAACUGGCUGCAGAGCCGCAGAGUACAAUCCCAGAUGCUUUUAUCUGGUUACUGAACGGAAACAAGAGGCUGGCCUAUGUCAGGAUCCCUGCCCACUCCAUCGUCUUCUCAUUGGUCGAGGAGCAGAGGGGGCGGGACUGCGGCAAAAUCACCACACUCUACAUGAAGUCUCCUGGAGGCUCAGCGAUCGAGAUUUUUGCAAAGCUGGAGGUUUACCUGUGGCUCGGUAACGUUAAGUACAGCAAAGAUGUUAUCAGCGGCCUGCCGGAGGAGUUCACGCCAGUGUUUGAGGAGGAGUCGGAGGAGCAGAGGAGGCCCGGCAGCUCUCAGGGGAAGAGGGAGCUCCCCAUCAGUCUGUCCUGUCAGGACAGCAGAUACUUCCAGCUGCGGUGCCACCUGUACCAGGGGAGAGGCUUGCUGGCUGCAGACGAUGAUGGUCUGUCGGACCCUUUUGCCAAAGUGAUCUUCUCUACGCAGUGCCAGCGGACCAGGGUGUUGUCGGACACGGUGUCCCCCGCCUGGUGUGAGUGUUUGCUGUUUGACAGAGUUCUGCUGGAGGGAACAAGAGAGCAGCUGGAAGAAGACCCGCCCCUCAUCAUCAUCAAUAUUUACGACUACGACUCUGUGGGCCGACCGAAGCCUCUGGGACGAGCUUUUGCCGAGCCGCAGUUUAAAACAGUGGAGCAGCUCUACCAGAAGCCGCGACUCCGUUUCUACGACAUCAGUUUGGGACGCGUCCCGGCUGGAGAGCUGCUGGCCACCUUCGAGCUCAUCGAGCUGGACUACUCUGGGUUUGGAGAGCCCUGUCUUCCCAGCAGUGUGGAUCCUCAGAAACUCACCUACAUGGAGGAGCAGAAAUAUUAUAUCAUUCCAGACGGCAUACGGCCCGUUCUGAAGACCUUCAGGAUCGAGGUGUUGUUUUGGGGCAUGCGGGAUUUGAAGCGAGUGCAGUUGUUCGAGGUGGAGCGGCCCCUGGUGAGGGUGGAGUGUGCGGGAAAACAGCUGGAGUCGGAGGAGAUGGAAAGCUACAAGGCCCACCCCAACUUCAAAGAGGUGGUCGGCUACAUCGAUGUGGAGCUGCCGGAGCAGUCCUACCUCCACCCUCCUCUCACAGUGUUUGUGGUGGAGCAUCGGGCGUUUGGUCAGCUGGCCCUGGUCGGGUCGCACGUCGUCCAGAGCCUCAUGGACUAUGGUCCGAGGGUCGACGAGGAGCCAGAUGAGGAAGAGGAGAAGCCAAAGCCAAAAGUGAAGCAGAAUCCACCCAAGGACAACCCGUUGACUUCAAUGAAGAGCUUGAGACUCACCAGCCUGUCGGUCGCGCAGUCAGUGAUUCCCAUCAACCCCAUGAAGCUGGUUAAUGGACAUUUUCAAAAGCUGAAGAAGAAGAUAGAUGAGCUUGAGGAGGACGCGCCUGAGAAGGAGGAGCUGGACUGGUGGUCGAAAUAUUAUGCAUCAGUGGAGGAGCUGGAGAAGCUGGCAGCUGAGCAAGAAGAAAUGGAGGAACAGGGAGAGACUGAUGGAGGAAAUCUGAGCAUGAGGAACAUUGAAGAGGAGGAGGAGGAGGAGGAAAUAGUGGUGGUGGAGGUUUCGCCUCCCAAACGCAAGAAGAUUGCUACUCUAAAGCUGUAUACAGGGGAGCUGGAGUCCGAGUUCAGGCAGUUUCAGGACUGGCUGAAGAUCUUCCCACUCCAGAAAGGCAAGGCCAACUUCAAUGACGACGACGAUGAUGAUGAGGAGAAGGUUAUGGGCAAAUACAAGGGAUCUUUCAAGGUUUACCCAAUCGAUCUAGAAGACACAGAAAACCUGAAGUGUGAGAUCACCAAUGGAAUCCCCAGAAACACUCCGAUCAAAGUCUUAGUCCGCGUCUACAUCGUCAAGGCCACCAACCUGGCUCCUGCGGACUCCAACGGGAAGGCUGACCCAUACCUGGUCAUCCAGGUGGGAGAGCAGAGUCUGGACACCAAAGAUAGAUACAUUCCCAAACAGCUCAACCCGACAUUUGGAGAGGUCUUUGAACUCACCGUGUCCUUCCCACUGGAGACCGAGCUGCAGAUCAAGGUCAUGGACCACAACUUUGUUGGCUCCAAUGACGUGAUUGGCGAGACACGGGUUGACCUGGAGAACCGGUUCUACAGCCGCCACAGAGCCUCCUGCGGUCUGGCUCUGUACUAUGAUAUGGACGGUUACAAUGAAUGGCGUGAUGCAAAGCGGCCGUCAGCCAUCUUGGCAGAACUCUGCAAGGAGAACGGCAUCUCAUCUCCUGAAUACAGGACGUCUGUUGUGAAAGUCCUCAACAAAAUCUUCAAGAUACCACCCGAUGCCGUACCUGAAGCUCUGUUGAAGAAGAACAAGCGGACCGAAGAUGAGGAUACAGAGAUGGAGGAGCAUUCUGCCCUGAGUGUGCUGCACCGCUGGGGGGAGAUGAACGAGUUUCUCCCCGGAGCCCUUCCCCUGGUCCCGGAGCACGUCGAGGUCCGGUCUCUGCACAACCCGGACAGUCCUGGUCUGCCGCAGGGUUAUCUCCACAUGUGGGUGGACAUGUUUCCCACCGACGUUCCGGCUCCUCCUACUGUUGACAUCAAGCCGCGGCUUCCUGAACAGUAUGAACUGCGUGUGAUCGUCUGGAACACCGACGACGUGUUUCUGGAGGACGUGAACCCGUUCACAGGCGACCCGUCCUCAGACAUCUACGUGAAAGGCUGGAUUAAAGGACGCGAGGACAAGAAGCAAGAGACAGACGUCCACUUUAACUCGCUGACCGGAGAGGGAAAUUUCAACUGGAGAUUUAUUUUCCGCUUCGACUAUCUUCCUACUGAGAAAGAGGUGGUGUAUAAGAAGAAGGAGUCCUUCUUCUCUCUGGAGGAGUCAGAGUUUCGGCAGCCGGCUGUUCUCACCCUGCAGGUCUGGGACUAUGACAGAAUUGGAUCCAAUGACUUUCUGGGCUCCAUCGACCUCCGUCUCAAUGACAUGGUGCGACCCGCAAAGACAUCGAGCAAGUGCACGAUUAAAAUGGCGAAGGACCGGGCCAGUCCUCGGUUCUCCAUCUUUCGCGCCAAGAAGAUGAAGGGCUGGUGGCCGCUGAUCCGCCAGAAGACCGCCAAGGACUUCGAGAAAGAGGAGAAGGAGAGGGAGGAGGCCAUGAAGAAGGGCGGCAAGAAGAAAAAGAAGCGCAAAGACAACAGGAGCAAGUUGAGACCGGAGGACAUCCAGUACACCGACAGCUUGGGCAACACUUUCCUCUUGAUGGGAAAGGUGGAGGCGGAGCUUCAGCUGUUGCCGCUGGAUCAGGCGGAGGCCAAUCCAGUGGGUAAAGCCCGCAAAGAGCCGGAGCCUCUGGACAAACCCAAACGUCCCACCACCAGUUUCACCUGGUUCAUCAACCCGAUGAAGACCUUCGUCCACCUCAUCUGGAAAAAGUUCAAGAAGUACAUCAUCUCUCUGGCCAUCCUAGCUGUGCUUUCGGUCUUCCUGGCUCUGAUGGUCUACACUCUGCCGCAGCAAAUCACCGCCCUCAUCGUCACUGGAUGAAGAGACCGAAGGGGGGGUGUUCAUGCUCCUCAUGCUGAAACGUGCGAGUGUCAGAAAUACUCCUGUAAAUCUGUAAAUGAAAGCUUCGCUCUCACUGCACUGCAUUACACAGCAUCAUUAGUGGCGUCAACGCCAGCAACUGUUUUAUAUCAGAGUCCAUCGUCACUGAAGAGCUGAUUGGAAAAAAAAAGUGAUGUUAAGAAUCAGCUGAUUAAAUAUUUGCUUUCCAGUUAUUCUUCUUCUUUCCAUUCCAUGCAAUUAUAGUUUUUUUUCUCCAUAAAUUAACAUGCAUUACAAGAUACAGUCCUCACUGUUAUUUUGAUACUGUGACUUCAGUGCGUUGAAUCGUUUUGAUACCAGUGUGCAUCUCAAUGAAGUAGUGGUAGUAUUUUUUAUUUUUUUUUUUGUAUGGAAAAGUUAUCUCUGAAUGAAUGAAUAUAAUAUGAAACAGUCAAAUGACUAUAGUAACUACUGGAUUUAAUUCUUGAUGCAUCACCUACGUAUUCAGAGGCUGGAAUUGCUCGCCACAUUCUGUGAUUAACAUCAGAUCACUGAUUGAAAAUAACACUGGUUAGAUAUGCAAAAAUGUUUCUAGCUUGAAUUUCACUCAGAUGAAAAUUCAGCAGGAGACUGAUCAUAGAAGGUGGUUUCUGUCUCUACAGAUUUGUGAUCAGUUUAUCGCAGGAUUGUCCCUAAAGAUUCAUUCACCAAGUGAUUACUUAUUUAGGAAUAAAAUGAAGUACAUACAUCAUAUACCACAAUACUUUCCAAGUUGUUUUGAGUGACAUAAAUCAAAUCCAUUUGAAUCAAACAUUUAAAGUGGAAGUUGAUACAAGUACAAAUUUAAACCUUUCCUUCAUCAAUACAUUCCUCUUCUACGCUGCUUUUUCCAAAUUUCAUUUACAAAGCACUGCAGUGGAUUUCAAGUCAACAAAUGUAGACGGCGGGGAAGGAUCUCACCAAUUGUCGACUCGCCAAUAAACUUCAAGUGCAUGUUUUUGGGCCGUGAGAGAAAGCCCUCAUGUGCUCAGGGAGAACAUGCUGACUUCACUGGGAAUAUUGUCUCAGUGGUGUGAGCAUGCAAACCACUACUGCCCAACUUCUGUGGUUAUUUGAUGUUUUCUAAUGGUUUUUUAUGCUUCACCUGUGUUCUCAUAACUCUGCCAGAUCUGUUUUCUUCUGUUGUGGUUUUCCUUCUUCGUCUCGUUUUAAUAGUUUUCUGCUUUGCAGCGUGCAGGCCUGACAUGAAAACACCGCUUGUUGUUCAUGCACCGUCUCAGCUGCACUGUGUUCUGUUAUAUGUCCUUGUUUUUUUUUUCCUUCUUUACAAAUAAAUUAUGAGAUCAGCUUGUUCCAUUCAA